CUUCAGGCUGUGGGAGCUGACCGAAGCAGGGAUGGUCCUUACCUGGUGUCCAAGUUAGGCCAUUCCCGGAACAGAUACUUAGAGUUAGGCCACUCGCAGCAUGAUGUACAGGACAGCCGUUUUUUACAGCUGCACAACAGCAGACAAUAUGGCCGCUACCCCCUGUACAACUUGAGGACAGAAUCUCCAUCUGUGAGUCCGUACCUGUCCUGGAGGGUAUCAGAACCUGCUAGUCACGGUGUCAACAACAACAUGGCUCGGAAGAAGCAGCAAAAGUUUGGACAGAUACCAGAGCCCUUUGAAGAUGGUCGCCUUUCUCCGUCUGUCAAUUUGUACAAUGCUUCUCGGCUGCCACGUCACGACACACAUGACCGAGAUGAUUCGGAUUAUGUACUUGACUUCACCACACCUCGGGAUGCUGGAACAUCCCAGAGAAUUCAAACCCCCACCCCUUUGCCAUUUCAGGCCAGCGUGAACUCCAGGAAGCCAAACAGGACAUUAAAACAGCCAGUGGCGCUUAGACGAUCAGCAGUUCCUAACACUCCCAAAGAACGGAUGGGCAGGUUACAGCCCCUUGACAGAGGCCAGCUGACAGCAUUUUCAAAUCAUCAGCAGCACCAGAGCAACACUUUUGACCUUUCACCCACCACCAAAUCAUUUACCAAGUCGGGUGAACCAAAGAUGGCAGCUGCAUCGUCCAUGGCAACAGCUUCUGAAGAACUUCCUGUGAUUGGAACCAGGUCAAGGCAGGGCUCUCUGUUCCCAGAGGAGGAUUCACAACAUCACUACGGCAACACAGCAGAUGCUCGCACCAGGAAAGAUGUUUCAAAGUUGACCAAACCAAAUCAUCAUUAA